AUGGAGUCUGUGGGAGCAAUGUCCGAUCUGAACUGGGCUUCUUUCAAUGGAAUGGGGCCACUCGAUGAGGAUGAUUUCAUGUCCCAGCUGCUCAGUAACAACUCAUUUAUGAAUAGCCCAGAUAGCGAUCCAAGCUUCGGUUGCCCACCUAUUUUUUGGCCAGGCGACGACGAUAAUACUAACAUGGCGGGACAUUGCGACGUCUAUGCUGUUGGUGAUGCUAAUGUGGGUCCCUUGAGCUCAAUGUCAAUUGAUCUUUGCAAGAUGAAUGAUCAAAAUAUGAUCUUGUCGCUCCGUGAUGCUCCCAAUAAUCUAUUUGAAGAUAUUAUCUGCUUGAAUGAAGAGAUGAGUGGUGAGGAUUUAGCAGAUUCCGGUGGGGACCCGUCAGAAGUGGCUGUUCUUCCAAAUCAAACAGUGUCACACAAGAGAAAAAUUCAGUCGCCUGAAUCAGAUAAGGCCAUGAUUGAUAACAGCAACAACAACACUAGCCCAUCUGAGAAUCCGAAGAAGAAUUCUCGAGUCCAAAGAAAUGGAAAAAACUCGCAAGCAAAGAAGAAUAUGAAGACAGUUAAGACCACCGACGAAGAAGACCCCAGUGCUGCAUUGAAUGCACAGAGCUCUAGCAGCUGCUCAUCAGAGGAUGAUUCAAAUGCAUCCCAAGAGCUAAACGGAGGAGGAUCAAGUUCGAACUCUAAAGGGUCCGCCGCACUCAACUUGAACGGCAAGACGAGAGCUGGGAGAGGGGCAGCAACAGACCCCCAAAGCCUCUACGCAAGGAAAAGAAGAGAGAGAAUAAACGAACGGCUGAGAAUCUUGCAGAACUUAGUACCGAACGGAACGAAGGUAGAUAUUAGCACAAUGCUGGAAGAGGCAGUUCAGUAUGUGAAGUUCUUGCAGCUUCAGAUCAAGCUCUUAAGCUCUGAUGAUCUAUGGAUGUAUGCGCCAAUCGCUUACAAUGGAAUGGACAUUGGGCUUGAUCUUAAGAUCUGUACCCCACGAUGAUUUGGCAUGCAGAGAGGCGGUGGCACCGGAUCACCGUUGUUGUUAAAUAGGCUUCCUU